AUGACAGCUCGACCCAGCCUUACAAAUCGCUCCUCUACCUCCAAACUCCCGACGCCGCCCCUGAGUUCUACUCCCACAACAUUGAUAUCCGCAUCCGCUUCUUGCACUGGCACCCACCUGAUCAAAAUUGGAUCGAAAUCAAUCGUGCAGCUCCGUGCUCGUCUUACGUCAAAUUAUGGGCCCAUCAGCGUAGGAGACGGAUGUAUCAUCAGCGAGCGUGCCUCGAUCGGCCUCCUCAGCUCCCCUCAGAAUGAGAAAGAAGCAAAAGGAGUGACGCUCUCAUCGGGUGUCCUCAUCGAAACCUGUGCCGUUGUCCAAGGCGCAUCCAUAGGUGCUUACACAAUCAUCGAGGCUGGAGCCAAGAUUGGCAAAGGGACGGUGGUUGGGGUGGAAAUUGGAGAGGGGAUGGUAGUCGAUGAUAAUACUGUGGUCUAUGGGAGCGGAGGAGAGAGGAGGAAGGAGAAGAAGGGCCUCGGGCUGGAUAGGGCGAGAAAAGUCUGGGUGGAUUUGCAAGAGGACACAUUGAGGAGAAUGUGGACUGGCAAAUGA